AUGGAUGCAAUCAGCCAAUUACAAGAGAAAGUGAAUACAAUCGCGACAAUCGCGUUCACUACCAUCGGAACGCUGCAGAGGGAUGCGCCGCCGGUCCGAAUCUCUCCGAAUUACCCAGAAUCCGGAUCUGGGCCGACUCCGACUCCGGCUCCGAAUCCGAACCCGAACCCGACCCCGACCCCGGCGGCGGACAGUGACGCGGAUUUCGCGAAGCAACCCAAGCUGAUGAGUGCUGAGCUAGUGAAGGCAGCUAAGCAGUUUGAUGCAUUGGUGGCGGCACUUCCGUUGUCUGAGGGGGGAGAGGAAGCUCAGCUGAAGAGGAUUGCACAACUUGAGGCUGAAAAUGAUGCUGUGGGCCAACAACUUGAGAAGCAACUGGAAGCUGCAGAGAGAGAAUUGCAAGAGGUCAGAGAGUUGUUUGGACAAGCAGCAGAUCACUGUUUGAACUUGAAGAAACCAGAAUGA